AUGGGCAGAGUGUACGCCCUGGUAGGGUCAGAGGCAGUCAGCUCAAGUAACCUCAUCAUCUGCAUUUGUUUACUUCUUGGUGUGCCUUGUGUUGUGCUUUUUAAUUCGGGGACAGCACACUCCUUCGGAGCGAAGGCAUGUGUUGAAAAGUUGGGUAUGUCUGUAGAAGAGUUAGGCGUUGAUCUGGUGGUGUCUACACCAACAUCAGGGUUAAUCAGGAUGUAUUCUGUGUGUUUCCGUUGUCCGAUUGUUGUAGAGGGUAGUCGGUUCAAGGUAAACCUUGUCUAUUUACCUUUGCCAAGAUUAGAAGUAAUCUUGGGAAUGGAUUGGUUAUCUACCGAUCGCAUCCUGGUUGACUGCGAUCAUGCGGCGCAGGAGAGUCAAAGUCUAAACCUCGUAGUGGUGAACGACUUCUUAGAUGAUUUCCUGAAGAAGUUUCUGGUUUACCUCCUCCACGUGAGCAUGAAGGUCAACUUUAGUGCAGUCUUUGAAAUAUUGAGAGAGAAUAUUUUCAGAACUGCUCCAUGCCACUCGCACGUACGGUGCGACCUCCGUCUCGCACGCAGAUGCAACCUUAUUUCUCGUCCGCUGUGCGUGCAUCCAUGUCCCCACGUGUCAAAUCCCCGUCUCAGGUUCUCCUUGGUUAGUCAGAGAAGGAGCUGGAACAGCUUGCCCUUAACUGCGGUCAGGAAACCUACAGGGGCAAGCAACUUUAUCAUUUCUUAUACCAGAGGAAGUUUAGAGAAAUUAAGGAUUUCUAUCAGUGGUUUUAGGAAUAAUCUUGAAGAAGCUGGAUGGAAGGUGGGGCGGUCUCCUAUUUUCGAAACUGUAACUGCAGCUGAUGGAACUGUUAAGUUAUUGUUAAAGUUGGAGGACAAUAGAUUGAUUGAAACUGUUGGCAUUCCAGUUAUGGAUGAUCAAGGUUUGAGUCGCCUCACGGCAUAUGUCUCAUCACAGGUUGGUUGCCCUUUACGCUGCUCCUUUUGUGCCACUGGAAAAGGGGGGUUUUCAAGGAAUCUUCAGAGACAUGAAAUCGUCGAACAGGUUUGUGUCAUAUCCAUCCAGGUCUUGGCCAUUGAGGAGUUCUUCAAGCAUAGGGUGUCAAAUGUAGUGUUUAUGGGAAUGGGUGAACCAACGUUAAAUCUGACGGCAGUACUUGAAGCACAACGUUGCUUGAAUAAGGAUGUGAAAAUUGGGCAAAGAAUGAUAACCAUCUCCACUGUGGGCGUUCCAAAUACAAUAAAGAAACUUGCUUCUCACAAACUUCAAUCUACCUUAGCUGUGAGGUAAUUACCUUUGAUAUGAAUACAAUUUUGACUUGCCAUUAAUUUUACUUUCAUGCUAACCUAGACGUCAGGUAGCAAACUGACAUUUGUACCUGUAUGCGGACCUUUAGGUUGCCAGUCCUGUAUCUUGAAUUUUCAUAUUAUUAGUUUUUGGUCAAUGCAACUUCGUAAUAUUUCCAAAUUUGGGGAUAAAAUUUGAACUUUCAUGAGUUUACUUGGAGAAGCAGAAGAUAUUUGAUCUAUUCUAUUUUCAGUUUUUAUGGUUUCAGUGGUGGAAGAGAGAAAUUAUUCUUAUUCUACUGUGUUUUUUUCUUUUUACUGCAUAAUUUUAAUUGUGUGAUUAUUAUAUUAAUGUUUAUUGAGAUUAAAUUAUUAUUAUAUAACACUAUUAAUAAUAUUUUGAUGUGAUGAAUAGAGAACAGAAAUGUCACGCCUCAUUAAAUGCACUGUUGAGUCACCUGGUUACUCUCAUAAAUGCAUCCACGUCACACGUUCAGUACCAUUAAGAUGUGUGGGUUAUGGUUUAACGAGCAUUUUUUAAUUAUUCCUUUAUAUGUAUCUAUGUAGGAUGACAUGAAUUAACUGUGAUAUAUGUAUAACAUGCUUUCUAUAUCUAGCUCACCCUUGCAUUGUUUUUGUGUUGUGUGCCGUUUGGGUAUGUUUUGUUGGCGAUGAUCAUCCACUUGGAUGAGAGCUGAUAUUGUCGAGGAGAUCCCCUUGGAGCAAGAGCUGGAGGUCACUGAUGUUGCGGAGUAGUCUUCUUAAGUAUUUCCUGAGAAUCCUUUCAACUGUUCAAGUUUAAAUUUUCAGUUUCUUUUAUUUCUAGAUGACUGUAAUUUCACGUUUAAUUACACGUCAUACUCCGACUGAUCUCUAUAUUUGGAUGUUAACGUCUUUAUUAUAUAAUAUUGGUUAUUAUAU